AACUGCCGGAUUAUGCUGCGGCGGCUUUAAUAACAAGCAACAGUUCCCCCGCCAAGCCCGGCCGGUGUAUCCACCGGCGGCUGGGAGCCUCCUGCCAUGCCCCAGACAACAACGGGCACCUAAAGCUAGUCCCGGAUUGAGCAAAGAAAGACACCCUAAUGACUAAAUCUCAGGCUCACUAUGGAUUUGACUAAAAUGGGUCUGAUACAGCUCCAGAACCCCAGCCACCCCACAGGGCUCCUGCAGAAAGCCAACCAAAUGCGCCUUGCAGGGACUCUGUGUGAUGUGGUCAUCAUGGUGGACAAUCAGGAAUUCCAUGCUCACAGGACAGUGUUGGCUUGCACUAGUAAAAUGUUUGAAAUCCUGUUCCACCGCAACAGUCAGCAUUAUACCCUGGACUUUCUUUCACCAAAGACUUUUCAGCAGAUAUUGGAAUACGCUUACACGGCCACCCUCCAGGCUAAAGUUGAAGACUUGGAUGAUCUUCUUUACGCAGCCGAGAUCCUAGAAAUAGAAUAUCUGGAAGAACAGUGUCUGAAGAUCCUGGAGACCAUUCAGGCGUCUGAGGAGAAUGAUACAGAAGUCAACAUGACAGAUGGUGGCACUGAAGAGGAGGAGGAUAGGAAAUCUAGGUACAUCAAAAACCUGUUCAUCUCCAAGCAUUCCAGUGAAGAGAGUAGUUAUGCCAGCAUGGCCAGUCAGAGUUUAACGGGGGCAAUGGUGGAGCAGAGCCCAUCUGUCUCGACUUCAUUUGGACUCUCCGCGAUGAGCCCCACGAAGGCUGCAGUGGAUAGUUUGAUGACCAUUGGGCAGUCAUUAUUGCAAGGAGCUCUACAGCAGAACGCCUCCGAGGACUUGCAUUCCACGAGCAGCCGCCACCCCAGUCUCUCCGAAGUAAAAACAGAAGUGAUGCAAGUGGAGGAGGCGUCUAGCCACGAAAGCCCAAGGACGGCAGAGUCCAGCACUUCUGGAGGGGACAAGUCGGAUGACAAAAGCAAGGAAGGCCCUGGUACUCCCACGCGUAGCAGUGUUAUCACAAGUGCCCGUGAACUUCAUUAUGCCCGGGAUGAGAAUGCAGAGCAGCCCCUCGAGUUGGGCCAAGGAGUGCCAGUCGGACCGGAGCACUCGAUUUCUCAAAGCGAGAAACACCUGAGUAUAUAUUCAGUGCUACCAAAUCACAAAACUGACUCGAUGCUCAGCAUGCCAUCCUCCAUGACAUCGGCUCUUCACAUGCAGCCAGCUCUUGCCGUGUCCAUGGACUUCAGCGCUUACGGGGGGCUUCUGCCUCAAGGCUUUAUUCAAAGGGAGCUGUUCAGUAAGCUGGGUGAAUUGGCAGCUGGCAUGAAAACUGAAAACCGAGCCAUUGGUGAACAGUGCAGUGUUUGUGGCGCAGAACUGCCGGACAACGAGACGGUGGAACAACACAGGAAGCUGCACAGUGGUAUGAAGACUUAUGGAUGUGAGUUGUGUGGGAAACGAUUCUUGGAUAGCUUGCGGCUCCGAAUGCACUUACUGGCUCACUCAGCGGGUGCCAAAGCGUUUGUCUGUGAUCAGUGUGGUGCACAGUUCUCUAAAGAAGAUGCCCUGGAGGCGCACAGACAGACACACACCGGUACUGACAUGGCCGUCUUCUGCCUGCUGUGCGGGAAGCGGUUCCAGACGCAGACUGCCCUGCAGCAGCACAUGGAAGUGCAUGCGGGAGUGCGUAGCUACAUCUGCAGCGAGUGCAACCGCACCUUCCCCAGCCAUACCGCCCUCAAGCGGCACCUGCGCUCACAUACAGGUGACCACCCCUACGAGUGUGAAUUCUGUGGCAGCUGCUUCCGGGAUGAGAGCACGUUGAAAGGCCACAAGCGUAUCCACACUGGAGAGAAACCGUACGAGUGCAACGGCUGCGGCAAGAAAUUCAGCCUCAAGCACCAGCUGGAGACCCACUACAGGGUGCACACAGGUGAAAAGCCUUUUGAAUGCAAGCUGUGUCACCAGAGGUCCCGAGAUUACUCCGCCAUGAUCAAACAUCUCAGGACCCACAACGGCGCUUCCCCCUACCAGUGCACUAUCUGCCUGGAAUACUGCCCCAGCCUGUCUGCCAUGCAGAAACACAUGAAGGGCCACAAGCCAGAGGAGAUCCCCACUGACUGGAGGAUAGAGAAGACCUAUCUCUACCUUUGCUAUGUUUAAGGGACAUGGAGGGGGAAGAUUUAAGUCAUGAAGGACUGGGCAAAAAAAUGCAUCAUCCAUGGCCUUUUAUUCUGUUAUUGUUUACUAAAGGGAUUCUCGGUUUUUGUUUCUGGCUCGUGAGGUGUUUGUGUGGGGGAGGGGGAAUAAUUCCCUUUUUAAUUUUGGGGUUCUCUGUGCAGUCGAUGAGAAAACGCAUCAGAAUCGAGCCAUAGCCAAAUAUCUGCUCAUGUUUUGUGACGACGCACGUCAAGGGCUUUGGAAAGAGCAGGUGAAAUGUCACUGUGUGGGAGGGGAAGGGGCAGUCCCAGCGCAAGCUUUGGGGUCUGAGAUUUUUGGGUUGGAAUUUUUUUUUUGUCCCGUUUUUGCCACAUUUGUUUAAUUUACUCAGGCCUCAGCUACAUUUAAAAAUGAGGGCAGCCUAGCGACAUUGCUUAGGGCUGUGAAACAUUUUGUACCCUGAAUGUUGUAGUUAGGGUGACCUAGCCCCUGGUGUGGAUGUGGCUAGGCUGACCGAAUUCUUCCAUCGACCCGCCUGUUGGAGGGAUGGAUUAACUACGGCAACAGAAAAACCCCUUCUGCUGCUGUAGCGGCUGUAAUGUCAGACAUGCCCUCAGUCACCAGCUUUAUUCAGCUGCCUUCUCGUGCAACCUCACCAGUAGGUGGCAGUGUAAUGCCUAUUGUUAAAAUCCCCCUUCAGAGGUUUUCCCCCCAAAUUAGAUCGAACGUCCCUGUUUUUGGGGUACCCAGAAAUACCAGGGCAGAUGAUGCGCAGCAUGACGGGCUGGAUGCUCUGGAGGUUUGUUGGUCGUGCUAAUAAUGUGGCAGGUCACAUUGCAGUCAAGAUUUCCCCAAGUAACUAGUGAUUUGGGGAGCCUUGCAUUUUUUUGCCUGCCUGACUUGAGACGCCCUGAAUUUCAGAACAUGCUGAUCACCCUCGUCGGUGACUCCAGCCGGGCAGCCGGAAUCACUAGUCAGUCUGGCACAGCUUGGCGUAAGUAAAGGCACAACCGGAAUUUUCCUCAGGAGGGGGCCCAGGGAGACGACCCCUUCGGAGCCGGAAUCGGUCCCAGGUGGAGAAGACGGUGGGCUGUAGGUGCCCAUGGGCGCAGCAUGGCUCAGCUUGGGGUGUGGCUCUCAGAGAACAGAGCCAGCAACAGGCAAGUUUGUGGGGCUGCAGCCAGGGGAGGAAGUAGUGGGAUGUGCGACGCCUGGGCACCCAGUGCCAGGGCAGGGUGCAUCACAGGCAGCACAGGGUGGGGAGGUACCAUGCAGCCCCGUGGGCAUCCAGUGCCCCCAUUCCCUGUGAAAAGCCCUGGCAUCAAGGCUGCAGCCCCCUUCCUCCCUCCCUGCUCGGGAAAUGCUGGGGCCUCCCCUCCCAGCCAGCAGCACCAGGACUCUGGCCGGGGUUCCCCCGUUGGGCACCCCACCCAUUACCUCCUGGGUGCGUGGCAAGUCCCUGGCCGCUGGGCCACCCUGAACUGCUAUCUGGAGCAUGGGUGGCCGUAGCUGGGUCUCUCCUCAGAUCCAGCCAAGGGAAGGCUGUCCCCCGGCCCAUGUUGUGCCUGCUUGGGCAUAAGUAAAAUAAACAUGAACUUUGCUAGUUUCUCCCCCCGCCCCUGGGCUGCUGUGUUUCAGAUGGCAGAUAGUUUCCUGAAAAAAUUUCAGUUUAUUAAUAAAAUCUGAAAACAAACGGUUUUGGAGAAAAUGAAUUUGAAUAAAAAUUCAAUUUGAAGGAAACUGUUAAAAUAAAUCUGACGAUGGAAACUAAGUGAGCUUCAGAUUGCUUGCAUGCCUCUUAGUGCAGGGUGUCAGGAGCAUGCUGGCGAGUUAGACUAGGAUAGGACAGGUAGGGUGACUUCUCAACCUAGUAUGGAGCAUGCCUUCAGAGUGCCCCCCUCAAUCAGACUCCUCAGUUAGCAAAGUUCUUGUUACGUUACCACUUGGAACGAUCAGAAACUGACAGCUGUUGAACCUCUCGUUCAUGCACAGAAAGUUGCCCUGGAUGUUUUGAUCAAUGUCACUACUCCUCUUAUGGCCAAGUCCGUUGGUGCUGGUGGUUGUCCCGCUAUAAUAAAAGCUACUUGGGUAUUUUGGGCCAAAGCCAGUCUGUUCAAGAGCUUAGAACUUGGCUGCAAAAAUUGCCUCUAGGCUGCAACCCUCUCUCCUGACCAAAGACCUUUCUAUGCAUUUUUUUUUUUUUGAGGGGAGGGAAUUAGAACCAGAUCAAAAGGGCAAAAACUUCCAGCCUGUUUGUCAAAUCCCAGUGGUUGGACAAGUGUGUCUUCAGAUGAGGGAGUCACAGUUCAAGAUGCUCUUAAACUGCCCCCUGGUGCCUGGGUAUUGCCAGGGGUCUGAAGGAAUGAUGGGUGAGCUUGUAUUCCCUCCUCCUGCAGACACAUGCAAUAUAUCCCCCUGGCUUGCAAUGCGUUACAGUGACUCAGGCUGGUUAAAUGCUAACCUGUCAGUUUGGCCUAAAUUUGUCAGAGAUUUGAGGAUUGGGGAGUAAUUCACAAGUUCAGGUGAUGGAUUUUGUAUGUAGCUCACUUUUGUGUCUCCGCUUAUGCUACGCCUUGCAAUUCAACAGUGCUCUUCUUUUUUAAAGUAAGAGUCCUUUAGAAACCAUCCCGUCUGGCUGCAAGAGCUUUGCUCUGAAGCGGGAGAUGCGUUUGUUUUUGGUUUUGUUUUCCAUGUUUCAUAACAGAAACAUACCAAUUAAUUUUUUUGCUCAGCCCUCUGUCCAGGAAGCUAUGAAGGAGUGAAUGGUAAAAGACGGCUUUUCUUUGUGUUUGGCUUUGGGGGUUUUCGUUUUUGUUUUAAUUUUGAAUAUUUCUGUUUAGCACAUUUUACUUGAAAUUACCUCGGUUUUUUGUGACCUCAUGAGCUUUUAUUGCUGGGUUGGAGGUUUUUGUUUUGUUAAAUGGAUGGGUUGUUUAAAAGGCCAUGCCGCAGAUCGGUGACAUGCGGUGUAAGAAUCGCAUGCUCGGUGAGUGCAAAAGUGCCACAACAGCCGCAAAAGUAAUUUUACGGUGGUUUUUGUGCAUUAUCAUUACCAAAAUUGGUAUUUUUUUUAACGGCCUGCCUUGACAGAGCUGGGGUCGUUGAUUCUGAAAGCUACCUCUUAUGUUUGGUUUUUGAUUUUAUUUUGCAGUUAUGAAAGCACAUUUUGCAAUAUUUGUGUUCGCUUUGUGAUGUCAUUUCAAUUUUCAUCUCAUGCUUUACUUGCAAUUGUAUAUUAUUUUGUAACUUAGCUGCAUUUAUAUUAAACAAAAAAAAAGUUAGGGAAGCGUUUUGUAGAUGGAAGUAAAGGGAAAAAAAUGAGGGGUGUUAUACUGCUGUGCCCACCCUACCCCCAACCUUGUCUCAACUGUCGGGAAAAAUUUGAAGGCCUUAAAACUGGGGGAAAUAACUUCAUGUGACAGUGGAGCAGGGUAACUUACCGUUUAGUGAAGAUUUAGUGCUUUGAAAAGGAAAGAGUUAAACUUGAAUAUGUGAAUAGAACAGUAGAGUCUUGUUUAUAAUGUGAAAAAUGUGAGUAUAAAAUCACUUAGGGCAGAACUUGGAUAAAUAAAUAUGCACUAACGCAUCAAUUUUGCGUUAGCCAGCGAUGGCCAUGAGAUGAUCUCCGUCUCAAAACUGAACCUGAUGUCAAAAAUGUUUAAGGUAUUCCACAAAAUGAACCCGUUCUUCACAUCCACCCCGUCCCCCAUUCACCAAGCUGAAAGGGUUGAACUGAUAUUUACAAAGUGUAAUAUUUUUGUAAUAUUUGUUAGUCCCUGUGUCAGUUUCCACAGGACCUUGCCCUUCCUUUUGUAAUGUGAACAGGAAUUGUGUGUGCGUGCGUAUGCGUGUGUGUAUGCUUUUUGUGCGUGUGGUUGUGUAUUGAAUCAUGCAGUAUUGUUGUAAUCCAGUGUUGCAGCCUUGGAUGGUACUAAAUCAAAAUAUUGCAACUUCAAAAUCACAUGCAGGAAAUGUAUGCAAACGUGCAUGUCAAAUGCAGAUUUCCUACAUCUGCUAACAGAGGCUUGAGGUAGAGUGGGGAACAGGCAGUACUGUAGGUAUUGAUGACUUAACAGUAAUUUCUUUUUAUUGUUUGGAGUUACAUUACUCCUCGGCAACCAUCAUUUGUAUUUACUGUUAACUGCAGAGAAGCAAAUUCUUCCUCAACCCGCCAAUCUAAAAAAUAUUAUUUGCUGUUGAAUGUUAGAGGAUAUGUGAAGGCAGUUCAGAUGCGUCAGGGGCACAAACACAUACGGAAGUAGACAGGGUGACAGACUUCACAUGGACCUCAGGCACACACGAACAGGUCUGGAAUUUAGGGUGAAUCUAGCUCCGUUCUCCCCCCUUCCAUUAGAGAGCACAAUCUUACGGGGCGGGCAGGGGGAACAGGGGAAAUAUUGUGUGCAGUUUUAUCUUCAGAGCAGCAUCACUUCUUUGCUCUGUUGGCCAGGUCAGUAAUUUCCGUUUUAGAUAGUCAGUUACCAUUUUGAGCACCGCUUAUCACAGUAUAUAGCACUCUUUGUGAAUUAGAAUUGCAACUGCCUUAAACAGUUCUUUCCAAACUUCUCCAAAUGCAAAGCAGAAAGCUGGCUAUACGCGCACACCUUACUCUGUUCAUAUCAUCCAUUUUGAACUUAUACCUGGCUGUGUCUGGUGGUGUUUUGGGAAUAAAAUUAGUGUUGUCUCUCAAUUCACACCAUGAAGAUCCUUUUUAUGCAUUAUAUAUACAAUACAUAUAUAUAUUAAAGCAUACAUGCAUGUGCGCGUGCGCGCACACAC